AUCACCCGGCACCCUCCCUCCGAGUCCUCGCUGCGACCGCCACCACAACACCACUGCAAACCCGAGUUCCCCUCCCCGGCGGCGGCUCGCUGACGGAGAGAACCCCUCUCGCUCACCUAGGGUUCCCGUAACCCUAGCCCCGACCCGUACGCGCGAGGGCCCCGGCGACACGAGGAGGCGGCUGCGGAGAGGGGAGGGGGCAGAAGGCGCGGGAGGCGCAGGCCUGUGCUGUAUGUCAGAUCGUGGGAGCCGGCGAGGCGGAGGCGGAGGCGGAGACUACGGACACGGUCAGCUCGCGAACCCGCUCCAAUGGCCGCAGCUCAGGAAAAGGCGGCGGCAUGCUGCCGCGCCGCGCCCCCGCGCGUCGCUGGAGGCGCCCCGCCCGUCCCCGUGCGGGCGAUCGCCGCGCCCCCGCCUGGGAAGGUCGUCGCCAUCGCCGCGGGGGGCGGUGAGCGCGUGGCCGCGUCCGCCGCCGGCGCGGGCGGCGCCGUGAUCGAGGAGAUCGCCGCGGUCCAGCCCACAACGGCUAAGGCCUCCUCCAAAGGUAUACCGGGGAUACCAAUAAUGACAAGAGCCCAGAGGUGCCACCCUUUAGACCCAUUAUCUGCUGCUGAAAUUGCAGUUGCUGUAGCAACUGUAAGGGCUGCUGGAAGAUCUCCCGAGGAAAGAGAUAGCAUGCGCUUUGUUGAAGUUGUACUGCUGGAGCCAGAAAAGAAUGUGGUGGCAUUAGCUGAUGCCUACUUCUUCCCACCUUUCCAACCAUCACUGCUCCCGAGAAGCAAAGGUUCUGCUGUUAUUCCAAGCAGGUUGCCUCCUAGGAGGGCCAGACUUGUUGUCUACAACAAACAAUCAAAUGAGACUAGCAUUUGGAUAGUAGAACUAUCUGAAGUGCAUGCAGCUACCAGGGGUGGACAUCACAGAGGCAAGGUGAUAUCAUCUGGAGUUGUUCCAGAUGUUCAACCUGCAAUGGAUGCUAUGGAGUAUGCUGAAUGUGAGGCUACUGUCAAAAGUUACCCACCAUUUAUUGAAGCUAUGAAGAGAAGAGGUGUGGACGACAUGGAUCUUGUUAUGGUAGAUGCCUGGUGUGCCGGUUACUAUGGUGAAGCUGAUGCUCCCAGUCGCAGACUUGGCAAGCCUCUAAUAUUUUGCAGGACUGAGAGUGAUAGCCCCAUGGAAAAUGGUUAUGCUCGUCCUGUGGAAGGAAUUCAUGUUGUUGUUGAUAUGCAGAAUAAUACUGUGAUAGAGUUUGAAGAUAGGAAGUUGGUUCCUCUCCCCCCACCAGAUCAUUUGAGGAAUUAUACUCCUGGGGAAACAAGAGGUGGUGUUGAUCGAAGUGAUGUAAAACCACUUAUUAUCAAUCAGCCCGAGGGUCCAAGUUUCCGCAUCAAUGGCUAUUUUGUGGAAUGGCAGAAGUGGAACUUCCGUAUUGGCUUCACCCCCAAAGAGGGUUUGGUUAUCUAUUCUGUUGCGUACGUUGAUGGUAGCCGUGGACGUCGACCUAUAGCGCAUAGGCUGAGCUUUGUUGAGAUGGUUGUUCCUUAUGGAGAUCCAAAUGAACCACAUUAUCGCAAAAAUGCAUUUGAUGCUGGAGAAGAUGGACUUGGCAAAAAUGCUCAUUCUCUUAAGAAGGGAUGUGAUUGCUUGGGCUACAUAAAAUAUUUUGAUGCACAUUUCACAAACUUCACUGGUGGUGUUGAGACAAUUGAGAACUGUGUUUGUUUGCAUGAGGAGGACCAUGGAAUCCUCUGGAAACACCAAGACUGGAGAACUGGUUUAGCAGAAGUAAGGCGAUCAAGGAGGCUCACUGUCUCAUUUAUCUGUACCGUUGCAAACUACGAAUAUGGUUUUUACUGGCACUUCUAUCAGGAUGGAAAAAUAGAAGCAGAAGUAAAGCUUACCGGGAUUCUCAGCUUAGGAGCCCUGAUGCCCGGGGAAUCAAGGAAAUAUGGCACAACUAUUGCCCCUGGUCUGUAUGCACCAGUUCAUCAGCAUUUCUUUGUUGCCCGUAUGGACAUGGCUGUCGAUUGCAAACCUAAUGAGGCUCAUAAUCAGGUGGUCGAGGUUAAUGUUAAAGUGGAAAGUGCAGGCACGCAUAAUGUGCAUAACAAUGCUUUCUAUGCUGAAGAGAAGUUGCUGAAGUCUGAGCUGCAAGCAAUGCGUGAUUGUGACCCUUCAUCUGCACGCCAUUGGAUUGUAAGGAACACGCGAACUGUAAACCGCACUGGGCAGCCAACUGGUUACAGGCUCGUGCCUGGUUCAAACUGCCUGCCGUUGGCUCUGCCCGAGGCGAAAUUUCUGAGGAGAGCUGGGUUCUUGAAGCACAAUCUCUGGGUCACCCAAUACAAGAGCGACGAGGUGUUCCCUGGAGGGGAGUUUCCCAACCAGAAUCCUCGAAUCCACGAGGGUUUGGCUACAUGGGUCCAGAAGGAUAGGCCCCUGGAGGAAACCAACAUAGUUCUCUGGUACGUGUUCGGGCUUACCCAUAUCCCAAGGCUGGAAGACUGGCCGGUCAUGCCGGUAGAGCGCAUCGGCUUCAUGCUCAUGCCACAUGGAUUCUUCAACUGUUCGCCUGCGGUCGACGUGCCUCCCAGCUCCUCCGAUGCCGAAGUCAAGGAAGCCGAGUCGCCCAAGGCCAUCCAGAAUAGCAGUCUCAUCUCGAAGCUGUGAGCUUCGCUGUUCCUCGAAUUAAGUGACAACCAGGGUGCUGCACUGCUGCUGCUCCUACUAUUUUAUUGUGUUGCUCCAAUAAAAGGAAAACUGUUUCCCACUGUCUUGUGGUUUGUUGAUGCCCUGUAAUAUCGUUUCGUUUGCUAUGCUUGUUGGAUGUUGAUCGUCAAACUGUUGAACUGCUGCAUUGCUCGCUUACAAUAAAGUUUGGACUCGCGUAAUA